GAUUCUCAAUGCUCCGACACCCAAGGCCCAUUGGAAGCCAUCGACAUGUACAACCGAAAAUCUGUGGAUGUUUUCCUGGGACCCGCCUGCGAUUACGCCGUUUCGGGCACGGCGGGGUUCUCCGGACGUUGGGGUAUUCCCGUUAUAACCGCGGGGGCCCUG